AUGGAAAAAUCAGGAAUGAAUAUCCGCGUUCGAACCAAUUUCUUUGAAGUAACCAAACUUCCUGAAGCAAACAUUAUCCACUAUGAUAUUACUAUUUCCCCAGAUGUAUCUCCUAUCCUUAACAGAAAAGUUUUUCAAGAACUUGAACGUUUUGCAUUUGACGCUGUCAAGCCUGUUUUUGAUGGACGUAAAAAUAUGUUCACUUCUAAACCGUUACCAUCAGGAGACUCCGCUACAUUUGAGGUCACCCUAACGGAUGACGCCAGAGCUACUACGUCAAAACGUCAGUCCAAACCCUUCAAGAUCAAAAUUAGGAAGGUCAGCGAGAUUAACAUGGAAGAACUCUCUAUGUUCCUUAAUAGAAGAUCUAUUAUGGCUCUUGACGUUUUAAUCAGACACCGUCCGUCAAUGAUGCAUGAAACUGUUGGUCGUUCGUUUUACACACCCCAAGGAUCUCAAUCACUGCAAGGAGGUGCUGAAGUUUGGCAAGGAUAUUAUCAAUCCGCACGUCCUACUCCUGGUAGAAUCAUGAUGAAUCUUGAUGUGAGUGCAACAGCAUUUUAUGAAUCAGGGCAAUUAGUUAACAUAGUUGCAAAGAUUCUUGGCCGACGAACUCCUGAAGAUCUACGUCGAGGGUUAAAUGUGAAGGAUCAUUUCACUAUUGAAAAAGUUUUAAAGAAUGUGAGAAUUAACGUCAUUCAUCGUGGCGAUGCUGUUGCUAGACGUCGAUUCAAAAUCGACCAAAUUACUCCAAAAUCCGCUUUAGAAACAACCUUUGAUAGUGAAGAUACUAUUACAAAUGUGGCAGAAUAUUUUCAACAACGAUAUAAUAAACGACUUAAUUAUCCAUUCCUUCCAUGUGUCGUGGUCGCAAAAAAAGUCUAUCUUCCGAUGGAAGUCUGUGAAAUAAUUAAAGGGCAGCGUUAUAUCCGCAAGCUUAAUGGAAAACAAACAGCCGAUAUGAUAAAGUUCACUUGUCAACCGCCUCACAUUCGUGCUAAUAAAAUUAAGCAAGGCUUUGAAUUGCUAAAUUAUCGUAACAAUGAAUAUCUCCAAAAUUUUGGAAUGAAUAUUGGCAAUGAAAUGGCUAUAGUUCCAGCGCGUGUGCUCCCAGUGCCCACUUUACAAUAUCACCCGUCCUCUCGCGAAGCUGAUUUCCAACCACGUGAUGGUGUAUGGAAUUUAAGAGAUAAAAAGGUAGCCACAGGAGCUACCCUUGGUUCAUGGUCUGUCGUCGCAUUUGGCACAGAACAAGAGUACCCUACAGAUAAUGUUAGAAGAUUUGUUCGUCAACUUGUCAUCACUUGCAUAGAAACUGGCAUGAAUAUUCCAAAUACGACACCACCCGUUUUGCAUGCUAAUCCACAAGGCGACAUCGAACAAGCACUGAAGCAAGCAUGGAUAUACGCUGGGAACUCGGCCAAAGCUCAGCCUCAAUUAAUUUUAUGCGUCUUGCCCAACAUCGGAGUUCCGCUAUAUGCUGAAAUUAAACGUGUCACCGAUACUGUAAUUGGAGUUUCAAGUCAAUGCGUGCAAAGCCGACAUAUGAUUUCGGCCAAGAAACAAUAUUGUGCAAAUGUCUGCUUAAAGAUUAACGUCAAAUUAGGAGGAAUGAAUACUUUUAUCAAUCCAAGUCAAAUCCCUUUCAUAGCUAUCAAACCAACAAUUGUAAUGGGAGCCGACGUGGCUCAUCCUGGUCCCGGUGAUGCUAAGCAUCCAUCAAUUGCAGUCGUUUGCGGAUCUAUGGAUGCCAAGGCAUCCAGAUAUUCCGCUACAAUUCGUAUACAAACAGGUAGAAAUGAAAUGAUUGCCGAUUUGGCUAAUAUGGCAAAAGAACUUUUGAAAUUAUUCUAUCAAACUUGUGGAAGGAAGCCUGAAAGAAUUCUUUUCUACCGCGAUGGGGUAUCUGAAGGCCAAUUCAAUCAGGUUCUUGAAAUUGAAGUCGCGGCUGUUAAAGCUGCUUGUGCUUCUCUUGAUCCUAAUUAUAAGCCGACUUUAACAUUCAUUGUUGUACAAAAACGACAUCACACCCGCUUCUUUCCUAUGGAUAAGCGUGAAGCUGAUCGUACUGGUAAUUGCCUUCCCGGCACGGUUGUAGAAUCAGGAAUUACUCGCCCGUUUGAUUUUAAUUUUUAUUUGCAAAGUCAUGCUGGAUUACAAGGAACCUCACGACCCACACAUUAUUCUGUUUUGCACGAUGAAAAUGAUUUUACUCCCAAAGGCAUCCAAGAACUCUCUUAUAAUCUGUGCUAUGUUUAUGCGCGUGCAACUCGCUCAGUAUCUGUAAUCACUCCCGUAUAUUAUGCGCACAUAGUAUGCAAACGUGCAAGAUUUCAUUCCAAAGAUUCUUGGAGCGAUACAGAAGAAUCAGAGAAAGGAUCCGAUACUUCAUCGAUCUUUGGAGUUGUGAAGCAAGACUUACAACGGGUUAUGUACUUUAUUUAA